UUAUAGGCUGCAGCAAUGGCAGCUCCAGGGACACCACCUCCCUCGGCCCCAGAGACAGCUGGUGCCGACUCGGGGGGAGGGAGUGGGGAGCACAGGCAGCUGCCUGAGCUGAUCCGCCUCAAGCGAAAUGGAGGGCAUCUGAGCGAAGCAGAUAUCAGAAACUUCGUGCACGCGUUGAUGGACGGAAGAGCACAGGACACACAAAUCGGGGCCAUGCUGAUGGCCAUUCGGCUGCAGGGCAUGGACCUAGAGGAGACAUCUGUGUUGACUCAGGCCCUCGCAGAGUCUGGGCAGCAACUGGAGUGGCCCAAGGCCUGGCACCAGCAGCUUGUGGACAAACACUCCACAGGAGGUGUGGGCGAUAAGGUUAGCCUGGUUCUGGCACCUGCCCUGGCUGCAUGUGGCUGCAAGGUACCAAUGAUCAGCGGACGCAGUUUGGGACACACCGGGGGCACGCUGGAUAAACUGGAAUCUAUUCCUGGGUUCAGCGUCACCCAGAGCCCAGAACAGAUGCUGCAGAUACUUGAGGAAGUCGGCUGCUGCAUUGUUGGCCAGAGUGAAAAGCUAGUUCCUGCUGAUGGAAUCCUGUAUGCUGCACGAGAUGUGACAGCUACUGUGGACAGUGUACCGCUCAUUACAGCGUCAAUCCUCAGUAAGAAGGCCGUGGAGGGACUGUCCACUCUGGUGGUAGAUGUUAAGUUUGGGGGGGCUGCAGUCUUCCCAGACCAGGAGAAGGCCCGAGAACUGGCAAAGAUGUUGGUUAGAGUGGGAAUGGGUCUGGGGCUGCAGGUUGCUGCAGCCCUGACCGCCAUGGAUAACCCUCUGGGCCGCAGCGUGGGUCAUACCCUGGAAGUGGAAGAAGCGUUGCUUUGCCUGGAUGGUGCGGGGCCGCCGGAUCUGCGGGACCUGGUCAUUAGGCUAGGAGGCGCCAUUCUUUGGCUUAGCGGACAGGCGGAAACCCAAGACCAGGGUGCCGCCCGAGUGGCCGCGGCGUUGGAUGAUGGCUCUGCGCUGCACCGCUUCCAGCUGAUGCUUUCGGCGCAGGGCGUAGACCCCGGCCUAGCUAGAGCAUUGUGCUCCGGAAGCCCCACGCAACGCCGGCAGUUGCUGCCUCACGCCCGAAAGCAAGAGGAGCUGCUCGCACCGGCAGACGGCAUUGUGGAGUGCGUUCGAGCGCUGCCGCUGGCCUGUGUACUGCACGAGCUCGGAGCCGGACGCAGCCGAGCAGGGCAGCCGAUCAGACCCGGAGUGGGUGCCGAACUACUGGUCGACGUGGGCCAAUGGUUGUCCCGCGGGACACCCUGGCUCCGCGUGCACCUGGACGGCCCCGCGCUCAGCAGUCAGCAGCGCCGCACUCUUCUGGGGGCUCUCGUGCUGUCAGAUCGAGCACCCUUCAAGGCCCCUUCACCCUUCGCUGAGCUUGUCCUCCCACCGACCACCCCACAGCCCUAAAUCUCCAACCCACCGCUGCCA